GCACAAACGUACACAACCGAAUGGUUGGUGUCUGCGUGCAUUCCAUUCCAGCUAUCAGCCAGAGCAGUGGAACAGCUUCAUCUAGACGGUACGAUAGAAGGGAGAGACAAAUAAAAAAAAAACCCCGAACCCAGUGAAGAAGCCUUUGGCAAGCCGUGGCAAUUGACAAGAUCGAGAUCUUCAUCGAGAUCGUGGCACAGCGCUUGUGAAUGAGUCAUUGUAUCGCGCCACAGUUUCGGUGUUUUGUGCUUUAGCUAGCUGGAGGAUAUUGAAGUUACUAAACGAUUGAACGAUCAGUGCGUGUGGAUUGAAUACAAGUGUUGUUUAGUGAAAGCUAAAACGAUGACAGCCCGUUGCUCAAGAAGGGUCAUGCUGCCCGUACUAAUAUUGGCCGCUUGGUCUAUUCCUUCCGCAUUUGCGUGCGAUCAUGCGUGCGGUCGGUAUGAGUAUUGUGACGAGAAUAGCAAUACCUGCCGCAACUGUAGUUUGCUGUGUGAAAAAGACGAGUACACCUGUUUUCACAAGUGCCAAAAUUUCCUGUUCAAGUCGCUCCGACAAAAUGUCUCGACACUGCAGUCGAGUAUGCUCACGAUGAGGACAAUACUUCUGGUGGUUGGUGUUGCAUCCGCUUGUUUGGUUUGUGCCGCUAUCGUAGUGUUGGCUCUCAAGUACUACACCAGCAUACAGGAGAAAUGCCAUUGGCGCUUACAAAACAAACCCACUGCCCCGGUGGGCUAUACGCACGAGAAUCCCAACACCAAGAGCCCCAAGGUGAUGCCGAAGAAUGGUGCAAACGUAGCAAAGCAAUCGUCAACCACGGUUAGCAUCUAUCCCGAAACGGAGGCAGACAACUCGGUACAGACCGGUACGACGUCGAUCAGCCAUCGCCAUCCGGCAGAAGAUUCGACCGAAAGCUACUCGUACGAUAAUGCUGCCUGUAACGUAACACCAACCAGCAACAAUCCGAUGCCUAAGUUUUAAGACUUUCAUUCGUUGCGUGCCAGAAUGCACGAAACGACCCCAUUACUCACCUUGGUUGGUACUUAAGCGGGUUUCUUGUCCCCGCGAUUAGAUCGAUCAAACGUCCUACAGUCUAAUCAUGCGAGAAGAGUGAUUGCAUACUGUUAGGCGUAGUUAAUGUGAGCGAAUACUACACUUGAAUCUCUAAUCUUGACUUAAGAUUUGAUUUUAUUAUUUUCUACAGAAAACAUUCUACCACAUCUUUACGAAGGGUGGUAUUCUAGUCUAGCUGUGAAUUUCUUUAAGUGCAACUUCAUUUUCACAUUUCACGAUUUUAUCCCGUUUUGAUGCAAUAGCUUUGCGUUAUGUGCGUGUAGCGUGCCGGAGAAGGAAGUGUUUCGUUUUAGAUGUAUGCAAAGGCCAUGCCUUGAUAUCAGAUAUUACCCUGAGGUAAAGAUUUAGCAGUGGAAUUUAAAAGAAUCGUACUAUUAGAAUUAAGAUUUCGCCAACUCACAGGCACACUAAAUGUGUGAGAAAAAAAAGGAAAGGACACGUCCGUACUUAAGCUUAGGAAGAUAUAGGAACGAUAAACACAAACACAAAUUUAAAAGAUUUGAGUGUUUUUUAUCAGUAUAUCAGUAUUGUAGUGCCACAGUUUUUUUUUCUCGGUUUAUCACCAACUCUAUCUAGCGUACGAGUUUAUUCGCUGUCACGCAUCUAUUUGCAUCAGUUUCACUCGGGCGCACUGCUAAGGCGCAAAACAAAAAAACACUGGAAAUACCUUCCUUUUAUUCUCCCGUGAAAACGUGUCUAAAACUUUGGAUCCGCUUCCAAACGUUUCUAUCAACACUAGCUCACUGAAGGGAUGUGUACUAGAAAUUUCACUUAAGUGUGUGACUUGUUUCGAUUUGCAUAGCUUCUCGUUACGAGCGCAUCCGCUUUUACGUUUGUUUAAAGAAAGAGGAAAAUAUAAAUGUAAAACAUUACGAUAAA